UAUAAGCAUGGAAGGUGGAUAGAUUGUGUAUUGUACAUUAGCAAGAUAAAAGACCAAUGUAUAUUUUCCAUACAUGCUUAUUGCAGGAAGAGUGAGAAUACUGAUAGCUACAGAUUUAGCAUCCCGUGGGCUUGAUGUACAGGAUAUUACUCAUGUUUUCAAUUUUGAUUUCCCUCGGAACAUUGAAGAGUACGUUCAUAGAGUAGGUCGUACUGGACGAGCAGGACGCACAGGGGAGGCUGUAACGCUUGUCACUAGGAAUGACUGGAGGAUUGCAUCUGAGCUGAUCAGCAUUCUUGAAAGAGCAAAUCAAGCAGUUCCUGAAGAGCUUAUUUCAAUGGCAGAAAGAUUCAAGCAAUUUCAGAUGACAAAAGAAAUCAAAAAGGAUUUAGGAAGACCUCGUGGAAAGUCCCGGAAAGGUUUUUAAUUGCCUGGGAGAUAUUUAAACAAAGGAAUCCGAUGGGUGCAUACACCCAACACCUGUCAACAUUGUUUCAAAAUAACUUACAUGCCUGAUGUUACCACCAUUUGUCAGUGGAGUGCAAGGAGGAUGUUACAUCUGUGGUUUGGGACAGACAAGGCAUGGAAUGGGUAUCUUUCAUUGUUGGAAAAUGAAGCAUAUUCUUACAGUAAUAGCUGAAUAAAUCUCUGAACUAAUAUUUCUUCAAGUCUGUCAUACUGAGUGGAUGGAAACCCAACCAAAUGAUAAAACAGUAUACAAAUUUUGAGAGGCCCCAAUCUUUUUUUCUAAUAAGGUUAUAUGUUUUCUAUUUUGAUUCUUCUGGGCCUCUUAUUUUCUUUUACAUUAAGCUUAUAUACUUGUAUACAAAACUCCUGUUGACUUCAGUAGGACUAAGAUUUCACCUUUCCUAUUUAUUUUGAUGUUUUUGACCUUUUUAAAGAGAAUAAAGGACUCUAGUU